CAAAAAGACUUCGCAGUAAUUGAACAAUAACUACACAUUAAUUAAACAAUUGAAAUAAAUACACAAGUAUUCACAAGUUCCAUACAAAUCGUUUUUAAAAUUUAAUGAGAUAUUUUAAAGUAAAUAUAAAGUUAAUGAGAUGUUCCAAAUAAAAAACAGUAGUGUUAUAACCAAGAGACAACAACAAAUGUAAAUUUGAAAGCGAUGAAUUUUUCACAUAUCAACGGUAAAGCUUGUCCUGUUGAUGAAUUGUACAGCUCAAAAAAUAUAUAUCAAGUUGUAGGACAUAAGCAGUUAUUGAACUGUUCAAACGCUCAAAAGUUAAAUAACACUCAUUACCACUACAAAACAUUUCUUCAGAAAAGGGCUUUGCGUUAUAAAUCUAUUGAUAAUGAUCUAGAUAAAGAUCUUGAAGAAUAUCGGAGUGAAUGGCUUAGCUUAAGAAACAAAAACCAUCUGAAUCAUCAACAGAACUUUAAUCAAGAGCAAGACAAUUUGCCAGAACAUAUGAUAUCGACUGUUUUGUGUGGCUUUCAGGAUUUAUUAGACAAGCAAAUAAACGCGAUAAAAGUUGAUUCAAAUACAAUAAGUAGAUCAUCAAAAAAUACUGAGUGUAAUUUAUUACCGGCAGACGAAAAACGUGCGUUUGACAAAAAUGUCGAUCAAAUAUUAUUUAAAAAUAACAAUUUCGGUGGAAUCAGAUUCUUGAACGUAAAUUCAAUUUUACAAAGAACAGAUGAAAAUCUUUUAAAAAAUGAGAAAGAACUUGACCCUCUACUUAUGGAAACUACUUCAAGAAAAAAACUUGAAAACUCGUUCAGCACUAAAGACCUCGAGUGUAACGCAAAACUGCCCAAGAUAAAAGUAGUCGGCAAUAAAAACUAUUUAUCAAAUGGUGAAAAAAUCCGCGAAUUCUGCUUUUUUAAGUCAUUGUUUUUCGUAAUCAAGGGUAACGAAAUAUAUAUAUAACUUUUUUUUAAGAAAAAGUUUAUUGUGAUUUGUGUAAUGUAUAUUUUUGGUAUAAUGUAUUAAUCUCGUUUGGAAUUAUGUACUAAUCUCGUUUGGAAUAAUGUAUUCAUCUCGUAUGGAAUUAUGUAUAAAUCUCGUUUGGAAUUAUGUAUUGAUCUCAUUAUUCCGAAAGCUGUUUGAUUUUUGUGAUUCGCUUUUGAUUGUUUCAGAACG